AUGAAUGGAACGACAAUGGAUAUUUGCGAUUCAUGUAUCAAUGAACUUUCUCAUAAUUUAAAAAGUGAUAUUUAUUCCUCUACCGAAAUUAUUGCAAAUGGUGAUUCCAUCAAUACAAAGAUAAUACAAAUGGCAUGUUCAGAAGAUGAAGCAUUAAUUUCUUGCAAAACAAAUACUGAAGACGUUUUAAUGAAAAUUUUCGAGAAUGUCGUGGAAAAUCUAGAAUUAAAAGGAAAAAAUAAAAAAGCUAAUGCGCUUCAUCAGGUCGCUCCUAUAGUGUUCAUUAUAAUGCAAACAGCUUUGAGGAAAGCACGAAUGAAUGAAGAAGUUGAUAUUGGAUUAUUAGUUUUUGAACAAAUUAGGAAAUUGGUUGAUAUUGAUCGAAAAAGAAUGGAAAAUUUGACUUUUUGUAUUGAUAUUAUAUUUUAUCUUGUGCAGAGCAGAGUAUCAAUUAGUAAUUUGGAUAAUGAAGUCUGUGUUCAGACGACUGUAAUAAAAGCCAAAGUUGAAAAUGGAAAGAACGAUUCCUCGAAUAUAAUUUCGACCGUUUAUGAACCUCCAUCUUCUAUGGAAGUCAGUCAUUCAGUUGACAGUCGAAAAUCCGAUUCAGAUACAGGUCAGGUUGAAAUACGUGCAAAUAUUUUACUAAAAGAAUUUCAUGACAGUGAAAUGGAAGAUUUGACCAGAGCUUGUAGCACUGAUCAGAUUUUGUUCGAUUUACCAAAUUCUGAGCUGGAGUCCAUUAGUUUUUUUCAAGAAAAGGGAAUUUUACCGAAAAAUUGCAUAUGUCAAUAUGGUCAUUCAUUGGAACUAUUUUUUGAUCUCAAUAAAAAUGCUUAUUUUUGGAAAGAUAAUCAUGCAUCAUGUAAAAAUGUGAUUUGCAUACGAACUGGAAAUUGGUUUAGUGGUAUUAAUUCCAUUAACUUGUCUUUUAUGAAAAUUAUUCGUUUUAUCUAUGGAUGGUCUCACGAGUUGACCACUAUAAAGUGGUGCAAGCAGGAAUUGGGAUUGUAUCCUACUGCUGUGGUCAAAUUGAAUAGGUACAUGCGAAAAGUUUGUAUCGAAAUUUUAAGAAAAAAAGGAACUAUGAAAAUAGGAGGUUAUGGCAAGAUUGUUGAAAUUGAUUGCAGUUUAAUUAAUAAUUAUGGAUGUCGGCAAGUAUUUUUUCUUGGUGGAAUUUGUCGUGAAACAAAAGAAUGUUUUGUCGUAGAAGUUCCAGAUCUAAAUGCGUUGACGAUUUGCAAUUUCAUUAAGGAAAAUAUCGAAAAUAAUACAAUGAUUUAUUCUAAUUGUUGGGAAAAAUAUGGCAAAACAGAAAUGGAAAAGGCUUGCUUUUCGCAAUUUAUGAAUGACCAUGCUUAUAAUUUCGUUAAUCCUGAUACUUAUUUGGAUGUUGCGAAUAUAGAUAAAUUGUUUUACUCUGCGAAAUGGCGUAAUAUUCAAGCUAUGGAAAUUCAUCACGUUGAAUCGUAUUUAAAUGAAUUCAUUUGGCGUAAUCGUUUGUUGAAUAAGGAUCCAUUUGAUGAGAUAUUAUCCAAUAUAAAGGAAUGUCGGCCACCUCAAGUAGAAUUUUGA